UCUAGCAGUUAGAGAGGUUCUGCAGCAGCUGUAGGCAGUCGUCUGUUUCUAGCAGUGGGGGUGGGGUGUACAGUCCUCGCAGCCCCUCCCUCCAGUAAUAAAUGAUGCUGCCCUGGCUGUCGUGUGCAGUCUCUAUACUGGAGCAGGUAGAAGGGGUUAAGCAGGGAGCUGAGCGGCUGCCAGUCUAGGAGGAGCCCGGGUCCGGAUUGCGGAGGUUCGGUUCUCAUCUCGGUGCAUUCAGCAGCAGCAUUGAUCAUCCAGGGAGAUGAGCCCCCCACCCGGUGACACCCCGCCGGUCUGCCCCCCAUCCAGCAUGGCCCCCCCAAGUCCCAUUCACUGACCAUGGUGCAGAAAUCCCGCAAUGGGGGGGUCUACCCCGGCCCCACCGGGGAGAAGAAGCUGAAGGUGGGCUUCGUGGGGCUGGACCCGGGGGCCCCGGAAUGCAGCAGGGACGGGGCUCUCCUCAUUGACGGCUCCGAGCACAACACAAAGAGGAGCAGCAUCCUCAGCAGCAAGAGCCGCUCAGCGGUGCCCGGGACCGGGAAGCCCCCGAAACGCAACGCCUUCUACCGCAAGCUGCAGAAUUUCCUGUACAAUGUGCUGGAGAGACCCCGGGGCUGGACCUUCAUAUACCAUGCCUAUGUGUUCCUGCUUGUCUUCUCCUGUCUCGUUCUUUCUGUCUUUUCCACUAUUAGAGAGUAUGAGGAGAAGUCAGAGGGUGCCCUCUACAUACUGGAAAUUGUCACCAUUGUGGUCUUCGGGGUAGAAUACUUUGUCCGGAUCUGGGCUGCCGGCUGCUGCUGCCGUUACAGAGGAUGGAGAGGACGGCUGAAGUUUGCUCGCAAGCCAUUCUGUGUCAUCGACAUCAUGGUGUUGAUAGCGUCCAUAGCGGUCCUGUCUGCAGGGUCACAGGGGAAUGUCUUUGCCACCUCAGCUCUCAGGAGUUUGAGGUUCUUGCAGAUUCUGCGUAUGAUCCGUAUGGACCGGAGAGGAGGAACAUGGAAACUACUGGGCUCUGUGGUGUAUGCACACAGCAAGGAACUGAUAACAGCCUGGUACAUCGGCUUCCUCUGUCUCAUCUUGGCGUCAUUCCUGGUGUAUCUGGCAGAGAAAGAAGAGAACAGUGAAAUGUUUGAUACUUAUGCCGACGCCUUGUGGUGGGGACUGAUCACGCUCACUACCAUUGGUUAUGGAGAUAAGUAUCCACAGACUUGGAACGGUCGUCUUCUCGCUGCCACCUUUACUCUCAUUGGAGUCUCAUUCUUUGCUCUUCCUGCUGGGAUCCUUGGAUCCGGAUUUGCCUUAAAGGUCCAAGAACAGCACAGACAGAAGCACUUUGAAAAGAGGCGAAAUCCUGCGGCCGGGCUGAUCCAGGCGUCUUGGAGGUUCUACGCUACUAACUUGUCUCGCAUGGACCUGCACUCUACGUGGCAUUAUUAUGAACGCACAGUUUCCGUGCCAAUGUACAGCUCUCAAACGUAUGGCGCGUCCAGGCUGAUCCCACCACUGAAUCAACUGGACCUUCUUCGGAACCUGAAGAGCAAAUCGGGACUUACAUUCAGGAAAGAGCAGCAGGCUGAGCCGCCACCCAGUGCCCAGAAAGUGAGCCUGAAGGAAAGGGUGUUUUCUAGCCCCAGAAAUGUUGCCAUGAAAGGAAAAGGUUCCCCCCAGUCUCAAGGGGUGCGUCGCUCCCCCAGUGCUGACCAAAGCAUGGAAGAAAGCCCAAGUAAGGUACCCAAGAGCUGGAGCUUUGGCGACCGAGGACGGACUAGACAGGCUUUCCGCAUCAAAGGAUCAGCGUCACGGCAGAACUCUGAAGUCAGCCUCCCAGGGGAAGAGAUUCCGGAGGACAACCGAAGCUGUAAUUGUGAAUUUCUUGCUGAAGACCUGACUCCUGGUCUCAAGGCUUCAAUUCGAGCCGUGUGCAUAAUGAAAUUUCUGGUGUCAAAACGGAAAUUCAAGGAGAGCCUGCGACCCUACGAUGUCAUGGAUGUGAUAGAGCAGUACUCGGCUGGUCAUCUUGACAUGCUGGCACGUAUCAAAAAUCUGCAGUCCAGGAUAGAUAUGAUUGUGGGUCCCCCACCCCCUUCAACACCCCGGCAUAAGAAGUACCUUACCAAAGGAUCAGUGCAUUCUACCAAAGAAUCUCCCUUGUACUCUCCUAGAGUGGACCAGAUUGUCGGAAGAGGAGGUUCCAUUACUGAGAAAGACAGAUCAAAGGGAGCAAGUGAACCCGAGAUGCCUGAGGACCCAAGUAUGAUGGGUCGUUUGGGCAAAGUGGAGAAGCAGGUGCUGUCAAUGGAGAAGAAACUUGACUUUUUGGUUAACAUUUACAUGCAGAGAAUGGGCAUCCCACCCUCUGAAACAGAGGCUUACUUCGGGGCCAAAGACCGCGAGCCAGCUCCUCCAUAUCACAGUCCAGAGGACAGUCGGGAUCCCGUAGAAAGAAAUGCCUGCAUUACUAAAAUCAUUCGAUCCACAAGCUCGACUGGCCAAAAAAACUUUAGUGCUCCUCCAGCACGGGGAACAACAACAACGUAUUGCCCUCCAUCUACAUCAUGGCAGCAACAGCAGCCAAGUCACCGACAUAGCCAUGGUUCUUCACCAGUGGGAGAUCCUAACUCCAUGGUUAGAAUUCCUCCACCCCCAUCACAUGAGCGCUCACUUUCUGCAUAUGGAGGAAACAGGAUGGGGACAGGUGAAGAAGGAUCUGCCAAACACCAAGACACAGCAGCUUUGAGAGAUAGUGACACCUCAAUAUCCAUUCCUUCAGUGGAUCAUGAAGAGUUGGAGCGUUCUUUCAGUGGCUUCAGCAUUUCUCAGUCCAAGGAGAACCUGGACGUUUUAAACAAUGGGGCAGUGGCUGGUCCUGGUCCCAGCAACAAAGUUCGUCCUUAUAUUGCGGAGGGGGAGUCAGACACAGACUCAGAUCUCUGCACUCCCUGUGGACCGCCCCCCAGGUCAGCCACUGGUGAGGGACCAUAUGGCGAUAUGGGAUGGCCUACUAGCAAAUAAGCGGUUGCCUAGGGCUAUUUUGGACUUGGUUAGAUAUUGGCAACCAGACAAUAAUGUAAUGCGCCCAGAAUGAGGGUCUUCACGUCUACAUCCUCCUCUGAAGGUGCAACCACAUCAAAGUAUUUAGCAGCAAAUGUGGCAAAGAAUUUUUGGUGGCAGCAUUUUGCAUUAGGCCACGUAAAUUACUGCAGUUUGCUUGAACAGCCCAGUACUCUGGGGCAGGUACCCUAUUACCUUGGGUUUCUGAUAGACCUAGUCAGAUGUUGGCAAUUUCGAGUUACUAGAUGUUGAGUUUGCAGAUAAGUUGACAAUGGUUGAUAUUGGUUCAUCGUCUCUUCACAACUUUUGACUUGUUGGAAGUUAAGACAUCUUCGUAAGCCCACUGGGCUGUUUAUAGACUUUUCGUAACCUCACACACCUUUUCUUCAUUGUACAGUAUUUGUAUAGAAUAUUGCAAAUCUAUUCCAUCUAUUUUCACAUUCACCCAUUACAAGUCUUCAGUUGUAGAAUUUUAUAGACCUUACGUUUUCUAUAAUACUGUAAAUAGCUGUACAGAAUAUUUAGGACCCCCUCCACCUGAACUUUUUUUUCAGGCGUGUACAGCAGUAUAAUAAUGAUACAUUGUAAAAUUGCUAAAUCUUGGAUACAGACCUAUUAUCUUUAAUGGUCUCUUCUGCAUGUAUACAGUUAUAUGUAAAUAUCAUAAACCCCACUACAUCUUCUAGAUCCCUAAUUCACCAAAUUUCUCCCAUUUCUCUUUCUGCAUGCUCCAAAAAAAUUGUACCUUUUUGUUAACUCACUGAGAAAACUCUUUUCCAGUAAAGCUGCCAACUAACAAGUCCUAAAAUAGAACUUUUAUAGUGAGUCCCUCCUGGUUUACAAACAUUGAGGUCUCAUCUGGUGCUCUCGAUAGUUUUAUUAGGUUGGAUAUGAUUAUUCAUACGGCAUGAAAGGGCUUGAUCUCUACAGCCCACAAUGUACUAAUGUAAAUCUAUAUAUAUAAAUAUACAGUUGAGAUGCCUUACACGUUUCUGUGGUCUAGAGGGCAUAUCUGGCCAUAGCAUCCUAAAAAUGAUAACCUGAAUUCAUGUCAUGCCACGAGAGUACAUCCAACCAUACUUUGGCUCAUACUGCAAUCGACAACAGUGCAGUUGCCUAUGUAACAACAUAUGUAAGGGGAAUUUCCAUUUUCAGCAUCCAUUCAUUUCUUGGCUAUUACCUACCUGGCAUCUACAUUAUCUCUCAUAAGUGAGUCCACCCCUCAUUUUUUUAUAAAUAUUUUAUUAUUUUCUUGUGACAACACUGAAAUAAUGACACUACAAUGUAAAGUAGUGAGUGCACAACCUGUAUAACAGUGUUUAAUGUUGUGUCCCCUCAAAAUAACUCAACACACAGCCAUUAAUGUCUAAACAUUGGCAACAAAAGUGAGUACACCCCUAAGUGGAAAUGUCUGAAUUGGGACCAAUUAUUUUCCAGCACUGCCGUAAGCCUCUUGAGCAUGGAGAUCACCAGAGCUUCACAGGUUGCCUCUGGAGUCUUCUUCCACUUCUCCAUGACGACAUCAUAGAGCUGGUGGAUGUUAGAGACCUUGCGUUUUUAUCCCAUUUUAUUUAGGGGAUGCCCUACAGGUGCUUAAUAGGGUUAAGGCCUGGAGACAUGCUUGGCCAGUCCAUCACUUUUACUCACAGCUUCUUUAGCAAGACAAUGGUCAUCUUGGAGGUGUGUUAGGGGUCAUUAUCAUGUUGAAAUACUGCCCUGCGAUCCAGUUUUCGAAGGGAUAGGAUCAUGCUCUGCUUCAGUAUGUCACAUUACAUGUUGGCAUUCAUGGUUCCUUUAAUGAACUGUAGCUCCCCAGUGCCAGCAGCCAGGGGCAUAGCAAUAAAGGUAGCAGUUGCACCUGGCCCUGGUGCCUAAGGGGGCCCCAAAGCACAUCUGCCCCAUAAGAGACCAGUAUCAUAAUUGGCAAAUGGGGCCCUGUUGCAGAUUCUGCAUCGGGGCACAGAAGCUAAAAGCUACGCCUCUGCCAGCAGCACUCAUGCAGGUCCAGUCUUUGACAUUCACACCGCUAUGCUUGACUGUAGGCAAGACACAAUUGUCUUUGUACUCCUCACCUGGUUGCUUGACCCAAUCUGAACAAAAUAAGUUUACCUUAUUCUCAUCCGACCACAGGACAUGGUUUCAGUAAUUCAUGCCCUUAGUCUGCUUAUCUUUAGCAAACUGGUUUUUGGCUUUCUUGUACAUCAUCUUUAGAAGAGGCUUCCCUCUGGGACAACAGCCAUGCAAACCAAAUAAAUGCAGUGUACGUGUAUGGUCUGAGCACUGACAGGCUGACCCCCACCCCAUCAACCUCUGGAUAUGACACCGAGCAUGUGCACUUUACUUCUCUGUUCAACUAUGGGAAGGCCUGUUCUGAGUGGAGCCUGUCCUGUAAAAUCUCUGUAUGGUCUCUUCCACUGUGCUACAGCUCUGUUUCCUGGUCUUAUAGCCUAAGCCAUCUUUAUGUAAAGCAACAAUUCUUUUUUUCAGAUUCUCCAAGAGCUCUUUGCCAUGAGGUGCCAUGUUGAACAUGAGAGUUUGGACAAUGAGUGCAAACAAUCAUCCAAUAUUUACCAUGAGUCGCUUGAUUACAGAGACUCCAGCAUCUUAUGUAGUCAAUAUUUAUAAAUGUGCAACACGUUUCAGCUCUGUAUAAUCAGAGUCUUCCUCAGGCAUAGCCUCAUAUGUACACAUAGACAUCCAGGGUUUAAAUAGACAUGGUGGGCAUUCUGUGGUCCUUUUAGAGUCUGAAGGAAGCACUACCUCUUAAACCCUUUUUGUUUUUCAUGUUGAACUUGUAACAGUGAUCAGUAUUAGAGAGUGUGAGAGCGAUAACAUUACAUUUAAGACACCUGCACACUAUUCACACCUACGACUUUGUUACACUAACGAGUCACAUGACAUCGGGAAGGGAAAAUGCCUAAUUGAGCCCAAAUUGUAGAUUUCCACUUGGGGGUUUACUCACUUUUGUUGCCACUUUUGUUGAGGGGACACAAAAUUAAACACUGUUACACAGGCUGUGCACUUACUACUUCACAUAGUAGCAGAGGGUCAUUUCUUCAGUGUUGUCACACGAAAAUAUACAGUAAAAUACGUUAAAAAAAAGUUAUGAGGGGUUUAAUAAUUUAUGUGAGAUAAUGUACUUCAGAAAAAACUGAAAAUCAUGGAGUGUGACCCCUUUUAACACUCUCUACAUUUUCAGAAUUUUACCUUCCAUUUGUAUAGAACAGACACAACCAAAAUGUCUUAUUUUAUAGGUUUCUGUUGCAUUAACAAGAGACCAUAGCAUGCACAGAAGGGGACAAAAAGCUGCAAUGGUUUUGUAAAUAUGGCUGUUUUCUUUAGAUAAAAAUAAGGCCAUUUUCUUUCCACACUUGUUGCUGUGAUUGUAGCCAUAUGUAAAGAACAUUGCAGCAAGGUUUUAUGAUGUGGUUGCACCUUUCCAAUACUGAGGAAUGCUCUAUCGGGGGAAUGACUUGGGAUGACUUUGAGGAGCCUUCCACACUUUAAGCUCAGGAAGGGUUAUGUUGGGCGAGAGAAUGCAUUGUAUUUACUUGUUUCUCUAGCAUUUGGACUGUAGGGGGCAGCUGGGAGAAAAAUAUUGUACUUUUUAUAUCGGGACUCCCAGGCUUCAUUCACCAGCACCACUGCUGUGGCUGCCCCAACCAACUAUUGGCACACUGGCUUUGCCUGGAUUGAUUUGCAUUUCUGCCUUGGCUUUUUGUUGCACUUGUUCUCUCCAAAGAAACUUUUUACAUAAUUGCCUUUUUUUUUCAUUUCCAAAUCCCAGUUUUGCACUGGGCCAGUCACGAGACCUCUGUAUAUGGUCCACUCUUGGUUUAAUAGGGUUUAAAGGGGGGCCAUGCUAGCUUCACCACACUGCCUGCAUCUUGGGUUUUUUGCAUCUUGUGAAUGGCUGUCCUGUUGCGAUGUUCUGCAGCCUGCAAGAGAUGGUUUAGUGCUAUGCUCCACUUUCUGUUAUGCAUUGUGAAUUAUUAGCCUUAACCCUACAACUGCCAGAAAUGCAUGCAACAUCUACACAGCUCCUCGCAAGCUUUAACGGCAGUAAAGUGGUUAAAGGCGAGACAAAAUAAAAAAGUAAAUGACCCUUUUUGCGGACAGAGGGGGCAGCUGCUUAUUGCUGUGCAAUUUGCCGUAGGCUUCCUUUUGUGCAAAAGGGAUGUAUGCUUUUGAAUGAUAAAUCUAUGGCAGUACUUAUGGCUCUUGAUGGUUGGCUCUGGGUAAGUUGUUGAUUUAUUGAAGAUCUGGAUGGGUCAUGAAUGGUUAGAGGACUGAAUGCACUUCCCUUACAUCUUUAUAGAGAAGCUCUAUAUAUCUGGAGACACUUUCCUUGAACUAUUCAUAUAUUGGGAUUGAUUCUUGCAGCUGUGGGAGUGACAUAAAAAAUAUUUGUUAUGAAUGGCCGCAACAUGGGCACAUUUUAGUUCUGUAUUAUAGCUCCAAGAUCUGGACUCCAUAGUCCAGAGUUCUGUUCAACCAUACUUGUUGAUAAUAGAACCCUAUGCUGACUAAAAUUGUUAUUGUAGACUCAUGGGAGAUAUAGCUGUUGCGUUCAUAAUACGUAUACUAAGAUGCGCCUGUUGUUGCCGAUCUGAAAUUGACAUAAAGCAUUAUAUUUAGUAAUAGAUGGGUGAAUAUCCACUUGGCCAGUAUUUGAUGAUCACUCACACCUCCAUUAUAACCUUUCUACAGACCUUAAGAUCCACUCCUCAUAUUGUCUCAACAUGACAAGGUCCAAUCUGCAAUAUUUAGUCACUUGAAUGUCAAAUGUCAACCCAAUUUCUGGUGGGUAAAGAUCACAGUCAAGUACUGACCCCUUGCCUUCGAGAGUCCAGGCUACUCUUGUUCUCAAGUAGAAACAAACCAGACCUCCCAUUAGUGCCACAAGUAUCUUUGUCUUUAGGGUUCCCGAAAACACAGAGAACGUUUUCCAGUCUUGAGUGCCUUUCCAUGCCAAGAGAGGCUGCUAUGGAGAUACAUUGACGGGAAGUCAUUAAAAAAAUCUUUGUAGAA